CUGGGAUUUCGGUGAUCUGUGCAGCAACCAGCUUCUCGCAUCAGCGCAAGAUACCCUACUUCAACGAACCACAGAAAGGCCAAGGCGAACGCAUUAUGUCCGCCUCCACUUUCCGCAUCAUCCGCCGUGGUGCGAGAAGAAUAGAAGAAUUUGGCGUAGUGCGACCAACUUGCCAAACGAAAACAGUUCGGGAUUGCCAACAACACUCCCUAACACCCAUCAACUGCCGCAGCCUGACGACGAGAUGCAGGUCGUCCGCACUCCCAACCACAGCACCCACCCGCCUCACCACCUCUUUCCGGUACAGCACCGCUUCCACCCCCACCCCCGAAUCCGACGCCACCGAAGUCCAACCCCUGGGCACAACAAAAGCCUGCUUCAGCGAGUUCCAAUCCUUCAACGAAGCUGUCACCCAAUCCCGGACGACCGAAGACAGCCUCCGACGCCUAAUAUACAAAGUCUCCACCGCCGAAGACGGCGAGCUCCUCCGCGCGGCGCUCAAACGAUGGCGCGCGGCGGGACGGCCCCAGGACGGCACCGACAACCUGCUUGUCCUCGAACGCCUGUUCGCCGUGCGCGCGUUCGAUGUCGUGCUGCAGAUCCUGUGCGAUCGGCCGAGUUACAGGGUGUUCCCCGAUACGGUGCAUGUGGAGCGGCUGUUCCGCGCUUUCAGGGCGCAGGUGGUGGAAGCCGCACAGUCCGGGAAAGCGGAGGAGAAGGAGAUCGUGGAGGUUUUGGAUAAGGUGUAUAAGGCGUUUGCGGUGGCGCUAUACACGCAUAUCGCGCCGACGAAGGAGAUGUAUACGGAUCUGAUCAUGGCUGGGUUUGAGAGCGGGGUGGGAGAGGGACGGCGGCGGUCGGAGAUUACGUCGAAGGAGCAGGUAUCGUUGGGGUUGCCGCUGGCGCCAGAGGUGGAGGCGGCGUUGGCUACCGCCCAGACUGCUUAGAAUGUUGCGCGUAUAUCUCGGACAGCGUGGUCAUGUGCGGUAGCAUAGAAUGGAGGGGCAAAUACAUGCAUUAUCAGCAAGAAUAGA